AUGUCUUCCCUCGUCUCAGACUUCCUCAUCAACCCGGUCCUGCGACAGGCCCGCCGAUUCUCUGAAAUUUCUCGCUCGACUUUUGGCGGCGAGGAUAAUGCCUCUACCACCGCGCAUCCUGAGGCCAUAAGCGACGCCUCCGAGAUCGAGCAAGACGCUCACGACGAUGCGGCUAUAUUGCCCUCCAGCCCCGUCGCCGACCUCUCGAGCCCCCUCACUAGACCGCACUCUGAUUCUGCGGCGACGCCAUCAACGCCUCGCUCCUCGACGAGCCCCCCGCCGCGCGACCACCUCGGCUUUCCAAUAUCGCCGCGCAAGCCUGGCGGGCCUAUCCCCGAAGACGAUGGCAUGAGCACGCUGCGGGCUCGGAUACAUAACAUCAAUGCGCUCGAUAUCGGACAGGCCGCAAAGGCAAAAAUGAUCCACGAUGUCCUGCUCGAAGGCUACCGGGCCUCACGGCCGCACCUGGAGCCCGUCAGCCCUGGCCGGGAGCCAACAACAGGCGAGACAUCACGAGAGUAUCGAACACCAGUGCCCAUGACUCUUGAAUCCUUGAAAUUCUGGCAAAAUCAAGUCGGCGAGACUGCUGCCGCCGAAAAGUUUCUGCUCACCGAUGCCGACGUGGCGCCGACCUACGCCCCCAUCCGUCGGCCCAAGAACGCAGACGGCUCCCAGGAAUCGGUUACGCCACCCGACUCGCACCCGCCUCUGGGUUGUGCUCAUUACGAACGCAACGUCAAGCUUCAAUGCUCGACCUGCAACAAAUGGUAUACGUGCCGCUUCUGCCACGAUGCGGAACAGGACCACAAUCUUAUCCGCCACGAGACAAAGCACAUGUUGUGUAUGCUCUGUGGUACGCCACAAAAGGCCUCGGAGGCUUGCGUCAACUGCGGUGAAACAACGGCGCACUACUACUGCAACAUUUGCAAGCUCUGGGAGAACCGCAAGAGCAAGCCCAUCUAUCACUGUGACGAUUGCGGAAUCUGUCGCCGUGGUCAUGGCCUCGGCAAAGAUUUCUUUCACUGCAAGACAUGUCGUGCUUGCAUCACUACUUCCAUUGAAAGCUCCCAUAAAUGCAUCGAGCGCUCUACCGACUGCGACUGUCCAAUCUGCGGCGAAUACAUGUUUACCUCGCCCAAGCCUGUCGUCUUUAUGCCAUGUGGUCACAGUAUACAUAAAAGGUGCUAUGACCAGCACAUGAAGGUGUCAUAUAAAUGUCCCAUCUGCAACAAAAGUCUUGCAAAUAUGGAGACACAAUUUCGCAAUCUGGACCUCUUAAUUCAGGCACAACCCAUGCCUGCCGAAUUCCGUGACACCAAGGCCGUCGUGCUCUGCAAUGACUGUUCCGGAAGAUGUACGGUGCCAUAUCACUGGCUUGGACUCAAGUGUCUCAUCUGCCUCUCAUACAAUACUGCGGAAUUGCAGAUUCUGGGUCGGAACAGUGACUUUCUUCAAGUUGCCCAACAGCGACAGGAAGAGCCUCCUGUGGCAUCUGAUGCAAUGACUGCUGCGCAGCCAGUCCCCAUCCCUACAGAACGUCCGGCGGGCGGCAUGAACCGGCGCAGACACUCUUCCAGCCUCCAUGUAGACUCGCAAUAUCUUGUGCCGGACAGGACUGCCAGGUCUCUCUCGCCGCAAAACAUGAUGCCUGAGCACACUCUGCCUACUAUCAUGGCUGCCGAGGAGGACUCGGACAAUGACAUUCUCGGCAUAUGGGGACGACCGGGAGGCGAGUCAAGUGGCGAAGAAGAGGAGGGCGAUUACGAUAGCGAUAGUGACGACCUUCCACGCAUGGACGACAGUGAAGAAGAAGAAGAAGACCCCAACGAAAUUAUGCUCAUCGGCCACCGAUGA